AGCCGCUCGGAGGAGUGGACGCGCGAGCGCUGCGGAGACGCACUCGCGAGGCUGGACUGUGCGACGCGCGUCACUCGCGCCACACAGCGCUCCAGCAAAGGAGACGCGGUCAGCAUCCGCCGGAGCGAACGAACGUUAUCUAGCGCGAAACACGCCGAGUGCAGAAACUAAAUCGCCACACUGCAAGUUGUAGCGCGAGCCCGAAUUAUUAUUAAAAGGAAAGCCGUGGUAGCCGCGCGCGCGCGCCCGCUCCCACUGCCAACCGCUGCUGCGUCCGGGAGGGUGGGCUACAAGUACAAAAAAAUUUGUACUCUUCCUGUGUCUGGAAAUGGCUCUGUAGGCACGCGCUUCCGCCGCAGCCCCCUCUCCUCGGAGCAAGAUUCCUCGGGCCCCCCGGAGCCGGCAUGGCCGCCUCCAAGAGCGGCUACGAAGGCAAGAUCGCCGGCCUGUACGAUCUGGACCGCACUCUGGGAAAGGGCCACUUCGCUGUGGUGAAGCUCGCCCGCCACGUCUUCACCGGGCAGCUGGUAGCCGUCAAGGUGAUCGACAAGACGAAACUGGACGCCAUGGCAGCGGCCCACCUGCUGCAAGAAGUGCGCUGCAUGAAACUCGUGCAGCAUCCCAACGUGGUGCGCCUGUACGAGGUGAUCGACACGCAGACGAAGUUGUACCUCAUCCUGGAGCUGGGUGACGGCGGCGACAUGUACGACUACAUACUGCGUCACGAGGGCGGAGUCUCCGAGGAGCAGGCGAAAGUGCACUUCGCUCAGAUCGUGCAUGCCAUCGCCUACUGCCACCGCCUUCACGUGGUGCACCGCGACCUCAAGCCCGAGAACGUGGUCUUCUUCCCCCGGCAGGGCACGGUCAAGCUCACCGAUUUUGGCUUCAGCAACUACUUCCAGCCGGGGACCAUGCUGAUGACAAGCUGUGGCUCUUUAGCCUACUCUGCUCCUGAGAUCUUGCUGGGGGAGGAGUAUGACGCUCCAGCUGUGGAUGUUUGGUCCCUGGGGGUGAUCCUGUACAUGCUGGUGUGUGGACACGUCCCCUUCCAGGAGGCCAACGACAGCGAGACCCUCACGAUGAUCAUGGACUGCAAGUACAGCGUGCCCCCCCACAUCUCGCAGGAUUGUAAAGAUCUCAUCUCGCGAAUGCUGCAGAGGGACCCUGCCGGUAGGGCUUCGCUGGCGGAGAUCGAGAGCCACCCCUGGCUUUGGGGCGUGGACCCCUCCCCUGCCGGCCGGGCUCCUGCGCCCCUCACGUCCCACCGCAGCCUCUCCCAGGAGGAGCACGAAGCCAUCCUCCAUGCCAUGACCAGCGGCAAUAUUGCUGAUCGGGACACCAUCCAGGAGGCCCUUGAAGCUGACCGUUACAACCACAUUACAGCCACCUUUUACCUGUUGGCGGAACGGAUCCUGAGAGAGAAGCAGGAGAUGCCUGGGCGAGCUCAGCAAGAGGACAGCAUCUGGACCAAAUCCUCCCAGCAACUGAGGCCUCUUUCAGCCCCCGUUGAUCUAUGUGAAAGGGGCCCCCGGCGUGGCCCCCUCGUCGUGGCCCCCUCAAACCAGGUGUCUGGUGGUACCUCCUGCAGGAAGAUGGUAGAGGUGGGAGACAAAGGGCAAAGACCCCUGCUGCUGCCACCGCUCAGCUGGGAGGAGAAGGGGAUGGGGCUUUCUGUCACUCCUGUCAAGAACAUUUGUGCCCUGCAGCAGAUCUGCGAGGAAGAAGAGGAAGGGGAGGAAGCAGGAGAACAGCAAGCUACUCUGCCAACGCCUCCAUUAAAGCGGGGUAUGGUGGGUCCAGCAGAACCGCCACCGCAGAACAUUACGGGUCAGGCAGCACACCAGCAGACCCGCAGCGUGAUGUCAGGGCGCAGUUUAGGAACAGGCGUGUUGGACUCAAAAGGAACUUUGAAGGAGAGCAGUCCGAGAGUUCUGGAUCAGGAGGAAAGUGACAGGAGCCUGGAAGAACAACCAUGCUGUAUUUCUGACCAAGGGGUGAAGCAGCAGCAUGACGCAGAGCAGCGGAACGGUGGCGGACGCAAGGGAGCGGGGCAACAGGAGACCGACGUGCACGGAAGGGACGCGGUCAAAUUAUCAGCGGUGCUCGGAUGCGCGAAGGGGUCCGACGUGAUUCUUGGAAGCCGGAACCCGUUAAAGGCGGAGACACGGAAUGCAAGUGAUCCGGAGAACGCGGGUUCGGGUAAAGGUGGCGGAGAUGUGCCAUCAAACAGGUUAACGUGUGUGGUAAAGGAGCAGGAUCAGACAAAAAACGACACCUGGCCUGCAGAACCCCCCCGCAGUGAGGAUGAAUCCCAGCCGCGCUUCCGUAGCAGUAACGUGGACCGUGCGUCACGGGAGACCCCCGUGGCAGAAUGCAGGGAGGGAGACGCAGACACGCCGAAAGAGCACAACAACAAUACUCUGCCUCGCUCCAAGCUCCUGGGGCCAGAGCAGACGCGCGCCCGCGUUGGCUCCCCUCGAACCCGGCCGCGAAAACACUCCGCGGACCUCGGUCUAGACGGGGUGGAGGCUCGAGGGGGCGCCCCACCUCCCGCCGGCCCACCUGACCCCGGGCGCCCGUGGAAUCCCGACGUGGAACGGGAGGGCGGCGCGUCCCCGGAGCGCUCGUGCCAGGCGCGGAGCCAGGGCGGUCCCGCGGAGACCGGCCCCAACCCGGCCGCGCGCGUGGGCCCAGCAAAGGCCAAGAACGUGAACUUGCGUGAGCGCUUGCUGCAGCUCCCCUUCUGCGAGAAGGCCUUGUCCUUCAACAUCCAGCCUGCCUCCAAGGAGAAGCUCAUGCCUUUUGCGCAGUAUAACUGCUGCCACGUGCUCUAGGUAUACCUGACCCUCCCAGCCCACGGUCCUUGGAGGCACUCGAUGCUCGGCAGGGCCCGCCGGCCACCACCCGGCCACCAGCCAGUCACCGCUCCUCGCCAGCAGCGUGACGGCGUGACCGCGUAGCACCCGACCCACCCAGCGCUUCUUUUGCCGCUUCUCUACAAACCAGCCUCCCGACGCUUCCGUGCACACAGCAGCGUUACCCGUUAGCGCUAUGAGCUGAGGAACGCUCCGUUUCCUACUGUGAAAUGAGAGGUCAAAGCUAUAGUUCUUCUUUGCAGAAAACACUUUCCCGACACACUCUAAGCCACGUGCUAUAGCUUCAUCACACUGUGCAAACUUGUGCUAAGAGCCCUGGUUGUGCUGUAACCCAGACCCAAGUUUGACGUGCGUACCUUGCGUGCUGUAUACAUAUUGCACAUAUUGCAGCUGUCUGCCAAACACGAGUAGAGAUGUAGUGCAUGUUGGGCAGAGCCGGACUGCCUCGUUUCUCGUUUCACCCUCGUACCCGAGGUUCCCCCCCAUAGCGGAGCGGACGCUCGGACGGCUUGCAGCUAGGGUGGCCGUGUGCAGCUGUGCGUCCUGGGACGUUAGGCAGCCCCCGAAUUUCAAAUAUUUCACACCGAUUUUGUGAAGACAACCUCCCGAAGUGGACGGUGCCACGAGUCAUGGGGAUUGCGUAUUUUAAAUACGUACAUUUCAAUUGCGCCAAAGCGAUGGCGUUAUUUAACGCUGGCCCCCGGAAGCCCUGGAUGUGCGGAGGAAGGACUGUAGAGUCGCUUGUUGAAUUUUGCAUGCGUUUCCUGGACUUGCUUGAGGUUCUGCGUGAACAAACGCUACAGGCUUGUAGCUUGCACGGCGAGAAGAGAAACGAGACGACCCGUUUCGUACGGACUGCAACAGGGCUGCAACGUUAGUGUUGCCAGUAAGCGUAAUGUGUGUAAUGGAGUCCCUUUUUCCCAGCUGCUGCUGGUUAAUCCUUCAGAUGAAGACAUAUCCCGCUGCCCACCGUCUUAUGCCCAGGUUGUCUCAACACUUGCGGAAAAUGCAGGGCCUGUUUGUUUUUUUUGAUCACAGCUGGGUCCAUACGCACCCCUCUCUCUCG